GAUGGCGGCCGUGGUUCGUGGUCGUUCUCUCACUCAAGUGAGCCACAUCGAUUGGAGAAUCCGACGAUGGACUCUGUCAAUGCACUGCAAGGUCUGCAGGGUGCGACGGUGAUUGAUCUGUCGCACAUACUACUAUCAUGCAUUAAAGAGCAAGGGGAGCGAAUGAGUGUGGAUGCGAUCCGAGCAGCUGACGCAAAUGUUACUGCCACCCUCGUUCUAUUGCGACGCAUCGCCAACUCAAACGCUUUCAUCGAUAGGCUCCAUGCUGAGCUAUUGAUGAGGAUCUUCGAAUACGUACCAAUGCCGUAUCAUGCAGACGACCCUAACGUCAAAAUCGACGACCAUUUGCGCAUUUGGAAACUGGGGAUUGUCCGACUGCGCGAGAUUAUGACGUUGACCCAGGUCUGCCACCGUUGGCGGGAGGUCGCGAUUAGCCAUCCCAGGCUAUGGGACAGCAUCGCAUCUACCUACUCUCCUGCGCAACAGCGGAUGCUGCUGGAGCGCAGUCGUGGGUCAAUGUCUCUCAAGAUUUAUUUGGAGCCAGGACAGAGCUACCUACUCGAUGCCUCAUUGGGUACGCUCACAGAACGCAUUCAAGAGCUACAUUUUUGCCAUCUUAAUGCGCACGGCGCGGAAGUCUGCAACUGGCCAAUGCCUCGACUAGAGGUCCUCACGGUGAAAGGCUGCGACUACGACGACGUCAUCUGGGAGAUGAAGGGAAGUCCGUAUCUCUUCGCCGGCCACACCCCUCGUCUACGGUCUCUCUCACUCUCCUCUCUGUGUUGGCUGCCGGGCAACCAAUUCACCACGCUUAAACAAUUAUUCCUGACAAGACUGCGCAUGCCGCAUUGCACCGCCCGCGUGCUGGACUUCUUCGCACAAUGUCCGAACCUCGAAGACCUCGUCAUCGCUAUCCGAACUCACCUGUCGGACAUCGACGUGAGUGAGCGCACGGUGCCGCUAGCAAAGUUGCGCCGGCUCGCGUUCCUCGAGACAGAACGUCACGUCGUUGUCAACAUGCUCUCACACAUGAUCUUUCCGAACACCACCGCUGUGCGCAUUGUCGUCGACAAGGAGUCCGGCGACGUCUUCGGCACAAUCUCCUGUUUGCCCGUAGCGCAGACUAUCCGCGCGCUCUCCAUAUAUACCCGGACGGAUUGGUCAGUCUGCGCCGCAGUAGGCCCGCACUCGGGUUUCGCGCUAUCUCCGAUGCACUUGCAAGACAGUUAUACCACGGAAGCAUGCCUCAGUUGGUUCCGCUGGUGUGGUGAUUUGACAUCCCGGAUCAAAGAGGCGUGGCUGAUCGGCGAUCAAGUGCAUGGGCCCGUGGUUCCGAUACUUACCAGGCUGUGCAACCUGGAGGUAUUGGCCCUUCAGCCGCACGAUUUGCUGGCCGGGCAUCCGCUGCGACGCUCUGUGCACUCGACGCUAGAGCUGAUCUCCCGCCCGCUGCAUUUCAGCAAAUUGACUACGCUGCACGUCCUGCACGCACCCCGCGAGACGGAGCAGAGCGUCACUGACACAGUCAGGCAGCUCUUCAUGAGCGGCAUUUAUAGCAAGCUGAAGCUCCUCACCAUUGAUUAUCUGCCCGGCUACAGGGGAGAGAGGAUAUACAAAACGGAUUUUGACGGAUACUUCGCGUGUGUGAAGUACAGAGAUCUGGACACGCUGCCUCACAUGGCGAUUCCGGAAGUCUGCAAGACGGGAGCUAACAUGUAUUGGUCGGGAUUCGAGCCGGAACUGGACUUGUAUACCGGCGAAGCGCCUUAUGGCCCUGUUGUAGCUGGAAGGAGCGGAGCUGCCAAGGACGGGAAGGAACUACUACACGAAGCUCGUCAGGAUACCCAUCUAGCAUACGGCUCGACACAAGGCUCAAAGCCUGCGUAGAGACAUUCCUUGUAUACUCAUCGCUAGCGAUCACUUCUACUGUACCAUCUCAAGUAGGAUUCAUACCACUAGGAUUAUUUAUCGUCACGAUGUUCUGCUGUCAGCACCGCAUUUGACUCUGCUUGUCUUACCCCAAAUGGGAGCUCGUAUGUAAACAUAGUCGUAGCACUAUUCAAUUACACCUUCAGACAUUU